AUGCGACGCCCGGACCGCAGUCAUUCUCUCCUUUCCCCCGCAAAUUAUGACAACGAUGCAUCAUCGUUGCGGUCACCCUCUGAGCAAGACUCCGAUUCCGACGACGAUGCCCUCCUCCACCAGAAUCGCAGCACCAUGGAGCUGGCAGAGCACGACCGCGCCGUGCUAGAGGAUGAAGAGGAACUGGAGAACCUCCUGACCCGUCGGGGUGCAGGGCAUGGUAUCCGGAGAAUAUUCAGUCCACUCGAAGGCAGCGUGACGAUCGGGAAGAAAUCCAAAGAACGGCGACCGCGGAGAGGAUCCCGCCGCGAACGAGUCAGCGAGGAUGGCGAGCUGAUGUAUGAAAUGGAGGAGGGUAUUGGAGAUGACAAUGCAUCUCUCUUGAGUGGUUCCACAUUGGACACCGAUGAGAAGGACGAAUACGCAUAUGAGCCGCCAUCACGGCCUUCAUGGUGGAAAGUCUUAUUCAUCUCCGCCAUUGUGCUCGUCCUAUUCCUCAUCCUAGUGCUCGGCGCAUACAAAGCCUCCAACGGCUCCCGGGCUACGCGCCCGCAUACUCCGUCUCUCCUCUCGAAUGGCACGGCCCUGUUCGCACCAACCACCAUUGUGGUAUCCCUCGAUGGGUUCCGCGCCGACUUCCUCAACCGUGGUCUUACACCGGCUUUGAACUCUCUCGUCGCGAAUGGCGUCUCGCCGCAAUACAUGAAUCCCAGCUUCCCGAGCGUGACCUUCCCGAAUCAUUUCACCCUCAUGACGGGGCUCUAUCCCGAGAGCCAUGGAAUUGUGGGCAACACCUUCUGGGAUCCCGAGAUGAAGGAGGACUUCUACUACACCCACCCAGAAGUCAGUAUGCAGCCGAAGUGGUGGAUGGCAGAGCCACUCUGGGUCACGGCCGAAAAGCAGCGCGUGAAAACUGCUAUUCAUAUGUGGCCGGGGUCGGAAGCCCAUAUCGGAGACAAGGAGCCGAGCUAUGUGGACAAGUUUAAUAGCACAGAAGCCCUCUCGCGCAAGGUCAAUCGCAUCUUUGAGUUUCUCGAUCUUCCAGGACUGGAAGAUGAGUCGCAAAUUGCGCCCGAGCGGCCACAGUUCAUCGCGGCUUAUGUUCCAGACGUGGAUCGGGACGGACACAAGUUUGGACCCAACAGCACGGAGAUUCGGACCACGAUCUCGCAGGCCGAUGGCAUGAUUGCCGGUCUGAUGGCUGGUUUGGAUCAACGCAAUCUGACUCAUGUCGUCAACAUCGUGGUUGUAUCAGACCAUGGGAUGGCAUCCACCUCUACUGAACGGUUAAUCCAGCUGGACGAUUUGAUUGAUUAUGAUCUUAUCGAUCGCAUUGACGGUUGGCCAUCCAGUGGCCUUCGUCCCAAGCGGCCCGAAGACCUGGAGACUCUCCAAAAGCAGCUGGAGAAGGUAGCACCGGAGUGGGAGCAUGCGUUCGAGUUUUACACACGAGACACCAUGCCCGAGCGGUAUCACUUCUCGAACAACGAGCGCAUUGCCCCGUUGUGGGUUAUCCCCAAAACAGGCUGGGCUAUCGUCGACCGCUCAGAGUUCAAUGUCAAAGAGGCUUUGGAGACCGGCGGAGUAUACCAUCCUCUCGGUAUUCAUGGGUACGAUCAUGAAAACCCAUUGAUGCGUGCGAUAUUCGUGGCGCGAGGCCCAGCUUUCCCACACAAAGCUAACAGUCGAGUCGAACCUUUCCAAAACACCAACGUGUACAAUAUUCUCUGUGACUCGCUGGGCGUGGAUCCUCUCCCAAGCAAUGGAACCCUCCGUCUUCCAUUGAAGCCAGUUGGUCUUCACUCUGAUGAGAACGUACCCGUGCUGGACACGCCUUCUGAUCCGCCGCAAACCACAACGUCGGCUGGUCCGCCAGUCCAAACGGCGCAGCCAUCACCAGAGCCCACCAAACCAGCCAACACGUCAGCGCCUGCAGGGGACGAGAGUGACGAGAGUGGUGAGAAUGGUAGCUGGUGGGACACUGUCUGGAACAAAUUUGAUGAUUUCAAAGACUGGGCUGGCGGUGUUGCAGAUGCCAUCAAAGGUAACCACCCCCAUUCUGACAGUGAAUAA